CUUGGCAGAUGUGGAAGGCCUUCAGCACUCUAAAGACAAGACCGGUUCUACUGUAAGCUAAACAUAUUCCAAAAGUUAUAAAAUGCGACCUAGGAUUCAAGUUGAACUUAUUGCACGGCAUAAGAAAUAUUUGGAAGAACAGUUACAAGUUCUGGAACCUGUCUUAGAUGUUAUGAAACAAGCUGUACAAAAAAGUAACUCUUGGAUAGAAGAGGAUAAAAAUGAACAUCCCUCCUUCACCUACAUAGAUGUACAUCAAGAGCUAGACUCAGCUACUUUGAGUUUGUUGAAUGCGGCAUCAUCAAUCAUAAAUGAAAAUAAAGACUACGUAGAUGUGGAUGAAUAUACGCCAUCAUUACCCCAGUCAACACCACAGACUACAGCAGCAGAAAAACGUGACCUUAGUGAAUCAAAUCAUCAAGUCCCUAGACAAUCAACAGCGGAAAUAAUGAGUCGACUUGAGCAGAUAGAGACAGCCAUAUCUUCUCUACAAGACGUCAGUCGACUUGAGCAGAUAGAGACAGCCAUAUCUUCUCUACAAGACGUCAGUCGACUUGAGCAGAUAGAGACAGCCAUAUCUUCUCUACAAGACGUCAGUCGACUUGAGCAGAUAGAGACAGCCAUAUCUUCUCUACAAGAUGUCAAUGACAAGUCUACAGAUGACAUAUCAGAAAUAAAACAAUGGAGAGACAACUUUGUAACAGAACAGAGUGACAUGGGGGUAAACAUCGAACAACUGAAUAAAAAACAAAAGCAGAAUUUUAAAAAUCUUAGAAAACAAAUGAGUGAACAAGAUAACAAAGUAAAGGAGCUGAAAAAAGAAAUUGAAAGUUUAAAAGAAAAAGAAUCCAAGUCAAACAACACACUAGAGAAACUGUCUCUGGAUAUGAAAGAAUAUGAAAACAACUUACAAAAAAUAACUAAAGAGAUGCAAGUUCACGCAGACAAAACAGAUAUUAUAACUCAAGAAAUGAAAAGACAUUCUGUUAAGAUGUCUACGCUACAAGAAGAGAUUUCUAAAAACUUGCGGAAUACAUCAACUCAAUUAGAAAAGCACAGUGUGAUGUACACACUACUUCAACAGAGAUUGAUGCCCAUCGACAAACUGAUUCAAAUCUUUAACCAGAACUUAAAAACUCGGGAAGAAAGAAAAACGAGGGAAUAUGUAUAGUGAUUUUAUUAAAAAUUAAAUUCCGACGUUGAUA